AUGCGCUUCUUUGGCCUCAUCGUCACCCUCGCCGCCGGCCUGGCCGCCGGCUCGCCCAUCGCAGAGACCAAGGCCGCCGACGAGUGCCCGAAGUGGGAUGCCCUCGUCAAGUUGUGGAACGGCUUCGCUUGCUGCACUUACAGUUACGACAACGCCGUGGGCUGCUGCCGGCUGCCGGCUGCCGACGAACACGGCUAUUACCCCGAGUCCAUGCCCUGCACUAGCCCGUGGUUCUCGUCCUUGGAUAAAUGGAUCCAGUUCAUGAACUGCAACCGGGAUGAGCCCUGGGACGGUGACUGCGAGGGCGUGCCUAUCGUUAAGAAGGCAUAA